CCUGAAUGAGUCAUUUGUUAUUUGUCUAAAAAUGGCCGACUGGCAAGGAACGUACCCGGUUACUGUUGGUACAGAAGAACAAAUGUCUGCAGUUACAGAGAGGCUUUCUAAGAGAGAAGAAGAAAGACAAGCCCAAAUUCAGAAACGAAGACAAGAAGAAAGUGAGCAGCAGACUUUUAAAGUUCAGGAAAGUGUUAAAUUUUUCUUAGAUGCUUUCAAAGCCGAACGUUUAGAUUUGGAAGAACAACUCGCUAAAUCUAAAUCAGUGGAAACAUCAAAUCUUAUUACACACUUUGAUAAUCUAUCACUUCGUGUAUCAAAAUUACAAAGAUAUGUAUCAGAAUCUGCGAUGUUUCUGCCACCUUAUGAUCUCAAAACAGCUCAAAAUUUUCUAACAUCGUUGCAGACAAAAAUACAUGAAAAAAGGGAAGAGCUAAUUCCAAAAAAGAAGUUUUCAUUCAAACCAUCUAACAGAAAAACUGACAAGCGACCUUUGCCUGUGUCAUGUAGUCUAAAGAGUGAAGAAACUGCCAAAGAUUCAAACUCAGGAGAUGACAUUGUUCUGGAACUAGCUGCAUGCAAAUUUGUGGAUAUUUCAAAUCGAACACUUCAAAAAAAUAGAAAUGAGAUAAACAAAAAGGAUAUUGCAUUAGCCAAUUUAACAGAUUGUACUGUGGUGUUGUAUGGAGCCCCAUCAGCCAUUCACAUGAAUAAACUAAAGAACUGCAAAGUCUUCUGUGGUCCGGUGCCUGGUUCUAUUUUUAUUAGAGAAUGCACCAACUGUACAUUCAAUUUGUCUUGCCAACAACUUAGAAUUCAUUCAACAACAAACUCUCAUUUCUAUAUACAUGUAACAAGCAAGGCCAUCGUUGAGGACUGUAGUGAUGUCAAAUUCGCACCUUGCACAUGGACAUACGAAGGUCAAGAUGAAGACUAUGCAUCAUCAGGACUCUCUAGAGAGCGUAAUAAUUGGGACUCAGUCGAUGAUUUCAAUUGGCUAGCAGCUGAUGUGCACUCACCAAAUUGGUCUAUUUUGGAAGAAUCAGAGCGAAUACAUUCGUGGAAUAUCUAAGCAAUCUAGUUUAUAAUAACAUUUGCAUAAAAAAUUAAUAAAUUUACCAAAUAUUUUCUAGCAUUGUUUAAAACAUUAUAGUAACUCUUAUACACAUUUCACUAGAGGAUUGCUGUUUAAUGUUUGUUAUAAGUAAUACCGGUAUACAAUAUCUUAGUACUAGUUGAGGAGCAAUAAUUAAGGAAAUAAGAGAAAAAAACAAUUGUUAUAAAGCAGAAUCUUUUAAUACAUUUAUAAUUGUUCUGUUAGUGACUCUUCAAUCUAAUUAAUGUGCGAAAUUAGAUUAGACAUUAUUUAGUGCAAGAGACAUCACAAACAUAGAUGUUUAUUUGAAAUAGCAGUAAUCCUUAUAUAAAUAAUUUUGUUUAUUAAAAAAUGGUGGUGGGUAGAUAGGCUUUCUAUGCCGCAGAUAGUGGUCAAGUCUAUUAAAAAAUGGUGGUGUGUAGAUAGGCUUUCUAUGCCGCAGAUACUGGUCAAGUCAAAUUAACUUUUUAAAAAUUUAUGAGUAUUUAUUAAAUAUACAGCAGAACAUUAAAUAGACUUGGUUUAACUAAUAGCAAAUACAAGAUGUUGUAUUUUUUAUCUUAGUCCAAAUUCAGUUUUUUUGAAGAACUGUGUGAAGUAAAUGUUAUGCUCUCCUCUAAGCUAGACUACUCCACUGUUUUAAAAUAAAGCAUGCUUUACACUGCACAGUUUACGGACUCUAUUUUAGUUUUCAUACACUAGAAGUAAUAGUUUGUUCCCAUCUCAUUGAUGCUGGUUAAAAUAAAGUACAUAAACAAAGAUGUUAUUAUCUCUUGUUUCUGAACGCUGACAAUACAUUCAAAAGUAUCAUUGUUAAAUUGUUUUACAUGUUUUGUUCCUGACUUCACAAAACGCAAUAAUGUUUGAUUAUCUGAAGUGUUUGUAAAUGCCUUAAAUAUCUUCCAAAAUGUUUUGCUGGACUUUUUACAUUUUGACAUCAUCUAGUCAUUUAGUGGAUAAAUUUGCUUUCUGUCCUUCCAUAGCCUGUAGAAGUAAUGCACACAAAAUGGGAUUUCUGCAGUGGAUGCACUAAAGCAAAAUGGAACAAAAAUCCAUCAUUAUAUAUAGUUGGAAAAGUUGAAGGAAUACCAACAAAUUAAAUUAAUAUUACUUCAGUUUAAACAAUUUUAUAUAACAGGGACAUUGUUUUGAUUGUGUUUUUUCAAAUACUUUUUCAGAUGGUUCAUCAGAAACAUCUAUAAACACCUUUGUAAAUAAAGGUACCGGUACUCCAGAAUGUGAACAAUAAAACUAGGUACAUGGUAUUUAUUACUGGUACAUAGAUCAACAAAAUUCUUUGGUUUUGCAUUUUUUUUUAUAUUAUUAUGAGCCAUUCAAUGUUUUUCCAAUUUGUACUAGUGAAUACCUCCCAAUCCAAAAUUAACAUUUCUCUGUCUUCCCCCCCUCCCCAUUCUGUGAGUUCUGUGGAGAAAUGGUACACUCUAGAAUAGCUUUGGCUAAGUUGAUUGAAAAUUCUUCAUAAUGACUUUUUCAAUGUUGUUUGCACACUGGAUUGUCGUUUGGACUUAUCGAUGGUCUAGGUUCAAACCCUGCCCGCUCCCAUCCCCGUCGUCCUGGGGGAGGUUUGGACUAGGAAGUACCGGUAUCCGGUAAAACAUCUUCAAGGGACAUCCAAAACAUACCACAGAAUGAUCCUGUUGCAGAUACCUCUAACAAAAACAGUUUGAAAGGUCUUACUUAGAAGAUGAAACCACAUCACCUCAUUUCAUUUUUUUUACAAUGUUUUUUUUGUAAUUUGAUAAGUACUGAAAUAUGGAUUGAUAGCAACAAUGCAAAUAUAAAUAUAUUGUAAUGGAGAAGAAAAGAAAGACUUUCCCCUUUGAGUUCCCCACCAAUUGAGAAAUACUGCCUCUAAUUUUUACAUCACUGCUACCCUAUUGAAGUGUUUUAUCUUUGAUUACUCUAACUUGUUAGCAAUUUGUAGUAGCUAGUUAAAAGCUUUUCUUUUUUUUUUCUCUAACACUUUCAUUGUAAUUAUAUGAAUGAGAUGUUCUGUAUUGAAAGGCAGUUGUGUGAUGUCAUUAAUCUCUUCAAGAAAUUGUACUUGUCUUGAAAUGGUGACAAAGUUAGCUCUAUUACAUUAUAUACCGGUAUCACAAAUAGGGUAUCCAGCAAUUUACAUCUUGAUUUGGUGGCUGGUCAGUUUUAGUUAUUUAUCAAAUUUAUACACACAAAUAUUUUUGAGUCAUUUCUUAUCAGUUUGAAAGUAUAAAUAAAAAAUAUUCUAAAAGCUUCA